AUGGUCAAAUCGGACAUCUGCCGCCUUGCGAUGAUGUACACACUUGGUGGCUACUACUUCGAUACCGACAUUCUGGUCACCCCAGAAUUGAAGGCUCAGAUAGCUCCAGAGACCACCUUUGCAACAGUCCGGGCGGCUGCAGCUCUGAGUGCAAGCUUUUUCCAGGCGUUUCUAGCUGCCUCGCAGAAGCAUCCUCUGAUGGAGCUGGCCCUGAAGGAGUUUAAAGACUGGUACGACAAGCUGCGCACCCCUGGCGUGAACGAGGCUCAGAUGCGUGUGAGCGUUGCGCAAGGCAACAUUGGAACUGGGUUGCUCAGAAAGGCCUACGACAAUUGGAGUCGGGAUGGACCAAUGCCCAAGGUAUCCCAUCCGGGAGGACACGUCUCGCAGUUUUUCGAGGAGACUCCGAUAAAUUGGCUGCCGAGGGCUCAAUACCCAGGUCUUCUGCCCGGCCAUUCUGGCUUCAUCUGCGACUAUGCGGUCGUGAAUAAGCUCACCAACAAAGUGGUCUUGUACUCGCGGGUCUACGAUUCUCACCAUCAUCAAGAGUGCUCGGAAGAGGUGAAACUGAUGCGAAGCAUGGGAAG